ACGGGACGGGACGGGACGGGAUGGGACCGGGGGGAGUGGAACGGGCGGGCAGCACGCACAGGCCGGGCUGCAGAACGCGGGCAGGUCCUCCGAGGAUGUGGCUGCUCUGGCUCGCCUGGGCACUGCCCGUGCUGGCCAUGGCCUCCAGCUCCGGCCCCAGCCCCAGUGCCGGCCCCACUGAGCUGCCUCCAGACAAGGCUUCCAUCUUCGCCGACCUGUCUGCGGCUGAGCUGCGCGCUGUGCGGACCUUCCUCAUGAGCCGCCCGGAGCUGGGGCUGUCCCCAAGCCGCGGGGGGCCCCUGGCCAAGAACACCCUCUUCCUGGUGGAGCUGCUGCCCCCCAAGAAGCGGCUGGCCCUGCACUACCUGGACCAUGGUGGCCGCCGGCCCCGGCGCCAGGCUCGGGCCGUUGUCUUUUUCGGUGGGCAAGCGGAGCCCAAUGUUACUGAAUUUGCUGUGGGCCCCCUGCCCCGGCCAAGCUCAUACCGGCUGCUGCGGUUCAAGGGCAGCCGCACUGUGCCCUUCACCGCACGGCCCAUGACGCAGCUGGAGUAUGAGCUGCUGCAUGGCGUGCUGGCGCAGGCAAUGGAGCCGCUCCACCGGCUGCUGCUCGACGCCACCGGCUUCUGGUUCCACAACUGCUCCCAGCGCUGCCUGACCUUCUCGGACAUUGCGCCACGAGGACUGGUGUCCGGUGAGCGCCGGAGCUGGCUGGUGCUGCAGCGCUUCGUGGAGGGCUUCUUCCUGCACCCGGUGGGGCUGGAGGUGCUGGUGGACCACCGGGACCCCGACCCACGGCGUUGGGCAGUGCAGCGGCUCUGGUACAACGGGCACUACUUCUCCAGCCCACAGGAGCUGGCUGAGCGCUAUGAGCGUGGCACGCUGGCGAUGGCGCGGCUGCCAGAGCCCCCUUCACAACAGCUCUUCUCCAGCUACGAGCCCCGUGGGCGCUUCACCACUGGCACCCCCACUGCAGUGCACGGUGCCAAGGUGUGUGAGCCCCAGGGCCGGCGGUAUCGGGUGCGCGGCAACCAGCUGGAGUACAGUGGAUGGAGCCUGGCUUUCCGCCUGCGCUCCUCUGCCGGGCUCCAGCUCUUCAACCUGCGCUUCAAUGGGGAGCGCGUGGCCUACGAGGUGAGCGUGCAGGAGGCUAUUGCCUUCUAUGGUGGCCACACGCCAGCUGCCAUGCAGACCAAGUACAUGGAUGCCGGCUGGGGAAUGGGUGCUGUCACCUAUGAGCUGGCCCGUGGCAUCGACUGCCCCGAGGCAGCCACCUACCUGGAUGUGCAUCACUUCUACGAUGCCGAUGGGCCCGUGCGCUUCCCACGUGCCAUCUGCAUCUUCGAGCUGCCCACCGGCGUCCCGCUCCGCCGCCACUUUGAUAGUGACUUCCAAGGGGGGUUCCACUUCUACGCUGGCCUGGAGGGGCAGGCGCUGGUCCUGCGCACCACCUCCACCGUCUACAACUACGACUACAUCUGGGACUUCCUCCUCUACCCCAACGGUGUGAUGGAGGCCAAGGUCCAUGCCACCGGCUUCAUCCAUGCCACCUUCUACACGCCACAGGGCCGGCGCUACGGCAGCCGCGUCCACAGCCACGUCCUCGGCAACCUCCACACCCACCUCGUGCACUACAAGGUGGACCUGGACAUCGCAGGCACCGGCAACAGCUUCGAGACCAUGGACGUGCGCUUUGAGAAUAUCUCCAACCCCUGGAGCCCAGGUGCCCGCGUGGUGCAGCCCUGGCUGCACCGGCAGCCCCGCCACACCGAGCGCCAGGCUGCUUUCCCCUUCGGCACGGCGCUGCCGCGCUACCUGCUUUUCUACAAUCCGCGCCGGCGCAACCGCUGGGGCCAUGCACGCAGCUACCGCAUCCAGCACAGCUCCCACGCCGGGCCCGUGCUGCCGCGCGGGUGGCAGGAAGAGGAGGGAGUCUCCUGGGGCAGGUACCACCUGGCCGUGACGCGGCACCAUGAGAACGAGCCCACCAGCAGCAGCAUCUAUGCCCAGAAUGACCCCUGGGACCCUCUGGUCAGCUUUGAGGGCUUCAUCCGCAACAACGAGAGCAUCGACGACCAGGACCUGGUGGCCUGGGUGACCGUAGGAUUCCUGCAUGUCCCGCACGCCGAGGACAUCCCCAACACAGCCACACCUGGCAACGCCGUUGGCUUCUUCCUGCGCCCCUUCAACUUCUUCAAUGAGGACCCCUCGGUGGCCUCGCACAGCCCCGUCAUUGUCCGUCCACUGGACCCUCCCACCUUCUCCCGUGUUGAGAUCCAGCGCUGGACACCGGCCAGCCCUGGCGCCUGUGUUGGUCCAGAGCCCUUCACGUACAAUGGCACCUACCGGCAGGAGUGACCCGCCACAGCACUGGUGGCGGCACUGGGGACACCCUGGGCCAUGGGGACCCCAGGUAGUGCCAUGCUGUGUCCUGGGCUCAGUAAAGGCAAUGCCACCUC